CCAGUCAGCCAGUCUGGGUUUGAGGUCGAAUCGAGACCAUGAAGUGCCUGCUGCUUCUCGCCUUUAUUGGGGUGGCUGUUGCCUUCCCCACCUUUGCUGAAGACGAUGAUGACAAGAUUGUGGGAGGCUACACCUGCGCAAAGAACUCUGUGCCCUAUCAGGUGUCCCUGAAUUCUGGAUAUCAUUUCUGUGGAGGUUCCCUCAUCAGCAGCCAGUGGGUCCUGUCGGCUGCUCACUGCUACAAAUCUCGCAUCCAAGUGCAGCUCGGGAAACACAACCUGGAGCUCACUGAAUCCACACAGCAGUUUAUCAACUCUGCUAAAGUCAUCCGCCACUCUGGCUUCAGCUCCUACACCCUGGACAAUGACAUCAUGCUCAUCAAGCUGGCCACCCCAGCCACUCUCAGCAAUGCUGUCCAAACCGUUCCUCUGCCUACCAGCUGCGUGGCCGCCGGCACCACCUGCCUGAUCUCCGGCUGGGGCAACACUCUCAGCAGUGGCACUAACUACCCGGACCAGCUGCAGUGCCUGAAGGCUCCGGUCCUCACCGCCGAGCAGUGCUCUGAUGCCUACCCUGGGCAAAUUACCAAGAACAUGAUGUGUGUCGGAUACGUGGAGGGAGGAAAAGACUCCUGCCAGGGAGAUUCCGGCGGUCCCGUGGUCUGCAAUGGACAGCUCCAGGGCAUUGUCUCCUGGGGUUAUGGAUGUGCCCAGCGGGGCUAUCCCGGAGUUUACACCAAGGUUUGCAACUACGUCUCCUGGAUCCAGUCCACCAUGGCCUCCAACUGAGACGCUUGUUUGGUGCGACCUGUAUUUUCUCAUCAUCAUUUCUGUUCUUUUGGCUCUGUACAAGCAAAAAUUAUGAGAAAUUAAUAAAGACUUUCA